GUAAAAACAUCCCCUUUAAAGCAACUUUCAAGUAGAAAGUAGGAGCUUAGCAGUACAAGGCCCUGUGAUCAAUUAAUUACCAAAUCCUAAAGGAAGUGGAAAACUGUACUAUGUACUUAUAAUGUGACAAUUUAUAAUAAGUCAUUAUUGCAGCUGAACUUUUACAAACUUCCUGUAAUUCUCUUGUAUGUCUGACUCGUAUUUCAGCUAAAGCACUUUGCACAUUAACUGAAGUAUGUUUAGUUUCUUUAUGUAUUCAUUUUCCCAUACACAUAAAAAAAUGAUCAUUUCUUAAUGCAAAAUCUAAUAUUUUAGGUGACAAGCAUUUCAUACAUUUGAAUUUCUCAUUUUUUUUCCAGACUUUUGUGAAUUCUAUGAUAGGGAUAUAACAUAAUUAGAAUAAAAACAGAGAAUGGCUGAAACAAUAAGUUUAGUUAGAUUUGUAAGCAUCUGUUUAAUACUUUAUGGCAUGACUGUCGAAGGAAAUGAAAUGGGAUUUUGCCCGGAAACACAGACGAUGACUUUUGAAACAGAAUGCAUUUCCUGUCACAUCAAUGUUUUCAAAGACUGUCCGAGUGGGUCCAAGCAGUUAACAAGGAUGGAAGGUACGUCAAAUUGUACAUAUGAACUGCAUCUCGGUCCAGGACCAAAUAUAACAAAGGACGGGUGUACUCACACCUGUGAAAUGAAUACAACAGUUGACCAGUGCUGCCGAGGAUUCUGGGGAUCAAAUUGUGACGAAUGUCCUGGAGGAUAUGACUUGGCAUGUAAUGGACAUGGGGUGUGCUCUGAUCUUAUAAAUGGCACGGGAUUCUGUACAUGUGAGGAUGGAAGAACGGGAUAUGCCUGCGAGUUUUGUACUAACAGCUCAAUGGGUGGUGAAAACUGCACACAAGAAACCACAAAGGAUUUAUGUACAGAUGUCAUAUGUCCCAAAAAUUCUACAUGUUAUGUGAUAGAUGGAGAAGCUAUAUGUAUGUGUAACAUGUCAGAUAACACAACCAAAGUGUGUAAAGAAAUUGAUGCUUGUUUGGAAUCACCACUAUGUCAUGUGAAUGCUUCAUGUGCUUUGUCUAACACGACUGAUGUGUCAGGACUUGGUAAAAACUGUACUUGUAACAGUGGUUACCAUGGUGAUGGGUACCAGUGUGACCCCAUUGACCUUUGUCAGGUUAAUAAUGGAGGCUGUGACCUUGACACUUCAGAAUGUAACUAUGUAGGACCUGGAAAGAGGGAAUGUUUGUGUAAAGAUGGGUACGAAAAUCACAUUUUAGACUCGGGUUGCUCCCUUAUCGAUCAGUGUGCACUAAAUACCUCUGCCUGCCAUGUAAAAGCCACAUGUGAGACCAUUGCCCCAAAUGAAAUAAGAUGUUCCUGUAAUGAUGGUUAUGAAGGGGACGGACAGACUAAAUGUUUUGCUAACAUUUUACAGACAAUCAAGGACCUAGAUGAAGACGAUCCUGAUCUUAAAGGACAAUUGACCUUGAUACAGGGUGCUAUAGAAAAAUACUACAUGACAGAACUUACCCAGCAUGCAUUUUUUACAAUGUUUGUCUCGACCAAUGAGGGAUUCCGUACUAUAAACACAGCUGAUUAUCAGGAAUGGUUGAAUGAUAAAGUGAAAGUACGACAAAUUUUGCGUCAACACAUUGUGGUUGGUUGGUUUAAGACUGAAAAACUACUGAAUCAGUCUGAAUUCCAUACACUUCAAGGUACUCCAGCAGAGCUUAUGGUGAAUUGGAGAGGUGAUCAACUGAAGUUCCGCCUCAGAGGAAGCAGUAAGAAGGCAAAGAUUGUGAAAGGUGAUAUUAUAGCUUCCAAUGGGAUCAUUCAUAUCAUUAAUAAACUGCUGACAAAUGCACCUGAUAAUUAUGGCAGUGAAGAGAGAACGAUAUAUGAAAAUAUAAAGAGGGAUGGAAAGUACAAUCGUUUUGAGACACUGGUAGAGACUGCUGGUUCAGAAGUUAUAGACAUUCUAACAUCACAGAAUGUGACUGCUUUAGUGCCUAAUAAUGCUGCAGUUGAUUCAUUACCAAUUGGCUCGCUUGAUUUUCUUACAUCGGAGAAGGGAAAGACUCACCUCAUAACCUUGUUGAAGAACCAUAUAUUGCAGAAUGUUAUUGAAAUCACUGAUCUCAUCAAUAUAAGGAGAAUAAAAUCAUUGGCACAAAUAUCAAGCUGGGUAUCUGUAACCUUUACAGGACAAGUUCAGUUCAAUAAUGGAAUCAACCUGACCCAGUCUGAUAUAGCUUCUAGCAAUGGUUUGAUACAGGAUAUUGACAGUGUCCUUCUGUCUGAUGACAUUUCUAUUCUACCAAAUCAAUGUGACCUAACAACAUACAAGGAGGUCAUGGGGCCAUGUGAUGACUGCCGGGUGGAAAGUAGAUGUUAUUCUCAAGAUGUGUCAUUGAACACAACAGUCAAUUGUAAUUACUUUUUGAAAAAUUCACAAGGAAAAUACGUCAAAAUGUCUGGUUGUGCUUUGAUGUGUAACAGGACCUAUACGACACCUAAAUGUUGUGAAGGAUUUUAUGGGUUUGACUGCCUUCCAUGCCCAGGUGGUCAUGAAAAUGUUUGCAGCGGGAGAGGAAAGUGCAGCGAGGGUUAUUUUGGAGAUGGGACUUGCACCUGUGAUGGUAAUUAUGGUGGGGAUGACUGUAACACCUGUGCUGGUAACAGACAUUUUGGUCCAAACUGCACGCAAGAAUGCACAUGUAUGCAAGAUAUGUGUGAUUCGGGACUCCAUGGUAACGGUAAAUGUAGAUAUCCAUGUUUCCCGCCAAUGAUUGGUGAAAACUGUGACAUACAAGCAGCCAUAUGUAAUGAUGAUCUUCACCAUUGCCACGCCCAUGCCAUGUGUAUAUGGAUUGAGAAAGAUCUCAAAUUUAGAUGUAUAUGUAAACCAGGAUACACUGGCUCUGGACUUUAUUGUAAGGAGAUUGAUCCAUGUCAAGAAUCAUACAGGGGAGGGUGUCAUCUUCAGGUAAAAUUUUCACUGUCAGUCUUGCUCAUGUUGAAAGACGUGCCAGGGACAGGAAUGUACAUGGUAAUGAAGGUAUGGACAGGGGUGCAGAUUUGUGUGUGUAGAGAGGCUGUUAUUUGGGAAUGGAGACAUACUGUUUGUAGUAAAAAUAGGGAUGUGAAGGUUGACAAAUUGGUGGCUUUUAUUCAUUUGAUGAUGAUGGUGAUUAUGGAAAGUGGUGGUGGUGAUGAAGAUGAGAGUGGAAUGUUGAUGGUGGUGGUGGGUGGUGAUGUAUGA